CGGAGCCUGCGCCCGGGCUAUAUGGCUCUGGGCUGCCUGAGCAGUGAGGGCAACGUGCCGAGCUGGAUGCCUAAGGAGUGCAAGCGUGUGGGAGAGACGCGCCAAGCAAGCGGUGUGGGCGAACCCGAGCACCCCGAGCAGGGGCACGCCAAUCGUGCUCGGCACCUUAGGGGCGUGCAAAAACAAGACUUUGUCUUGCUGUUCUGCAUGUCUGUAUCGUUACAGCAUUUACUGCGAGCCAGGCCACAACAUACUUUUCGAAAACACCAAAGUUUUAAGGAUGAUUUAGUUAAUCUCUCACAUUUCACCGUAACCUAACAUAGGUAUACAGAGUGCGAAAUGAGCGGCAAAUUCAAGCGCGGUCAGCGCCACCAAAAAUGGAACGAGAGCGGCACCACGUUCAGCGAGGCGUUCCUAGCUGAGAUUGAGAGCGCGGCGGCAGGCGGCGAGGUUGGCGCGCCGGCGACGCCCCUUCGCGCCUUUGCCGGGGAGCUUCGGGAGCUGUCGCGCCUGCAGCACACCUUUGGCGAGGUGGAGGAUGUGCGCCGUCUCGUCACCGCCUUCACCAAAGUCGCGACCUCGGAAGCCGCAGCCUCAGCAGCCGCAUCCGCAGCCUCUGCCUCAGCCGCAGCAGCUACAACAGCUGCAGCCGGGUCUGGGAGCGCUGCCGCUGCGGCGGCUACUGCCGCCGCUGGCGGCACCGCUGGCGCUGGGUCCGGAACCUCCGCCUCCGCCCCCUCCUCUCGCGGCUUUGCUACAGCCGCCUCCACCCCCUCCUCUCGCGGCUUUGCUACAGCCGCCUCAGCCCCUGCCUCCGGCGACUUUGCUACAGCCGCCCGGCUGCUGUCGGGGCUGUUGUUCCAGGAGGGGUCGCGGCCGCUGCACCGGGCGCUGCUGGGGGGAGUGCAGCGGCUGGCGCCGGGGCAGCAGGACGAGUUCGGCCGGGCGGUGACCGCCCGGCUUCAUGCCGCACUGGCGGAGCUCGACGCCGCCCGCCCGCUGCCCCCGCUGGCGGCCCUGGCGCCCCUGCAGGGCGGCAAAGCCGGCUGUAGCAGCACCUCCACGUCAGCUGCUACAGCCUCCGCCACCACCACCAACGCGGCUGCUACAGCCUCGCAGCAGCCCAUGCUACUGCCAACGGGGGUCCCGCUGGGGCCGGUGCUGUCGUCACUGCUGUGGCUGCCGGCGGCGCAGGAGUGGGUGGCGCCGGCGGCGGCGGCGGCUGUAGCACGGCUGGCGGGCGGCGUGGACUGUGUGUUGGCGGCGGCGGACGUGGGGGUGCUGCACGUGGCGCCGGGGCUGAUGGAGGAGGUGCAG